GCGUUGAUUGAACCACGGGGUCGUGGCUAUUCUGGAGACUACAGGGGAAGAGGUGGUCGUGGAAGAGGUCGCGGCUGGCCUGCGCGGGAUGAAAGCAGAGAACGCGGUCGAGACAGGGACAUUGAAUUCCGCGACCGCUUUCGCGACGAGAGGAGUAGAGAACGCGAUCGAGAACGCGAUCGGGACAGAGACCGGGAGAGAGAAUGGCGCGAUCCCUACCGCUCGCGGCGCUCCCCCAUAGGCAGAGCACGCUCCCCGAUACGAGACUUUAUCCGCGAUCGAGACCGAGAUGGACCUGCAGGACCUGAUGCUGAUAGACCGCGCCGCAACUCACGGGACGGCCCAUUGUCAGGAGGCUCGCCAAUAUCCGAGCCGCCUUUUGGACCCCCACCACUCCAACGUGGUGGGUCGUUUGUUCGUGGAAGGGGUGGAAGGGGUGGAAGAGGAGAUUGGAUGGGCGAUCGGAAUCGUGGACGAGCAUCAUUCGACGACCGUGGAGACCGUUACCCUAGAAGUCGAUCUCAGGAAGGUCGCUGGGGACGCGAGCGGGAUGAGCGAGACCGAGGAGAUAGGUAUCCCGAUGCGGAUAUGCGCCCCAGAGAUCCUCGUGAGGAGCGAGACAGGCCCUUGGAUUUGUUCCGUCCGAAGGUUGACGCCCGUGGGAACCCCCAGGACUCCGUUACUCCUAAACGGGAUGUAUCCCCUCCUCCUGUAGCACCAUCUGCUCCGGCCUUCGGGUCAGUGCCAAACCGCCCUCCAAGCAUUGGAGAAAGCCAGUUGAGCAUCGCAGGAACCGGAAAGCCUCCUCCAACUGCCCCGAGAGCGUUCGUUGAACGACCAUCACUUGGCCAGGAGCCCCCUAUGGCCCCAACUGGACCCGCCAAGCCCUUGGCCCAUGAAGGCCCAGCAAUUCCCUUAGGGCCCCGAGCACAACAACAGAAGGUUCAGCGCCCGUCAAGCAAGCAAUGGAUUAACCCUAGUCUGAAGAAAGCCCCGGAUUCGCCUAAGCUCAUGCGGUCCCAGACCUUUACGCAACCACGAACUGGCCCUCCCCGACGGGAGAGUAUGCCCACAGACCAAGGUUUGCCGGACAGGAGGCCUCAAAGUAGUGAUUCGAAAGCCGCUUCUGACUUUGCUGACUCGGAACCCCGAAGGCGGUCCCAUUAUAGUGCAGAGCCCGGUGAAAUCAUGUCGAAAACUGACAACGAUUGGCACAUGGUGGCCGAAUCUGAUGAGCAUAGACGCCACUCGCUAUCGAUCAAGGGUGACGACACAAAGGACAAAGAGAGCUACACUACCUCGCCCGGGGCUCGACAGACGAAUGGCAAUUAUAAUAAGGACGAAGAAACUCGCCCGAAGGAGAGCAAUUUGAAGAAGCGAAAGCGACCUCAUCUCCGCGCUGUCCGGUUUGCCUUGGCGCCAAAAGCUCAGGCCGCGCCUGAUCAAGAUUGGGAUUCUGAUGAUGACGAUGAGGACAUGAGCGAUUAUUUUGCUUCGCAAAUAGAGAAAACCGAGGCCGUGUUGAGCACGUUACAAAAGCCAAACCUUCCGAUGGAAGUAGUAGCUCAUUAUGCCGCCAUCUCCCACGGGGCUAUGGUCAAGAUAUUGAACGAAGGGGACGACCUGGACGGCUUACUUGGAAAGGUACCGGAGGAGCUUCACAAGUCGAAAACGAAUAUUGAAACUACAUCGACACCCGCCAGCAGUAUCUCAGCACUAGAAGUUGUUCUACCUAAAAAGGAAGUCCCUGCUCGUCGAGAGGAUCCAGUGGUUCCUAAGGAAACCCAUGAUGUUAGCGAGAACGUGGCAGCGGAAAGCGAUAGCAUUCUGAUGCCAGAGACUCAGGACCUUCGAAUCGAACUGAAAUCUGAGGAAAUGGAGAUUGACAGUGUUGAAGUCAAGGAGCCACCACCUGCUCCAUUAGCCUCGGUACCUUCAACACCUCCGCCAGCUCCGGCUGUUCCUGAAGUAACGCCCGAAGAGAGUGGUCCGAAGUCUCCUCUACCAGCACCUGCCAAGGAGGAUGACAACAAUGCUACCAUGGAACCUGCUGCCCCGCCUGCAGAAACCAUUCCAAGCGUUCUCAUGGAAAUUACAGCAUCUGAAGUGAAGCCUCCCAGCACGCCAUCGCAGGUCGAGGACGAAGGUGACGACGAUGAAACAGAGUCAGAGGACGAAGCAUAUCUUGAUCCUGCCGCGACGCGAAGGUACAAUGUUACACCCCCGAUUGAUGGCCUUCCACAACCCACUGUGGGACCAUGGCACGAGGACAGCGAUUACCUUGCAUCACUCGACGCAGAUACUGGAAUGGAAGAUUUCAUUCUUGGGCAUUUAGAGGAUAUGCAUAUUACCAAAACCAAAGAGACUACACAGGGGCAACAGGAGUACGCCGAUAGCUACACCAAGUACCUCAAAUUCACGUUGUCGACCGAUCCUGUUGCUGCCAAGAGUCGUGACAAGUUUUCUGUCUCGGGGCCGUCAACCGAAGUUCCCGGGCUUGCAACUCCAGAGCCCAAGCCUGAAGGGAGAACUAGUGGUAGGCGUUUUGCUUCAGAGCGUGAUCUUGAGCGAGUCUUACAGGCCUCGAUGCGAGAAGAGGAUGAGAGAAGGGAACGUGAAUUGAGAGCCCAGAAAGAGAAGUAUCGCAGUGAAAAGGAGGCUGUGAUACCUGACAUGUACUGGGAUGCGGAAGACAAGGCUAGAGUUCAGUUCUACGACCGGUCAGGUUUCGUCAACCAAAGCGAGCUUGCGUCUACGUGGCAUGUGCUUCCCCCAGUCAAUAACUUCACCGAGCAAGAAGUUGAGCUUUUUGAGAAACGAUAUCUUGAGGUGCCGAAGCAAUGGGGCAGAAUUGCCGAGACGAUUCCCCAUCGUGAUUUUGGCACAUGCAUUCAGUAUUAUUAUCUCAUGAAGAAAGAGUUGAAGCUCAAGGAGAAGCUCAGGAGACAGCCUAAGAGGCGUAAGAAGGGCAGGGGGAAGCAGAGGUCAAGUGCCCUCGUAUCUGAACUUGGCAACGGCGAACCAGAGACGGAGGAGAACCACGAGAAUGGGGAGAACGGUGAGAGCAGGCGCCGUCCUCGGCGAGCCGCAGCUCCAACUUGGGGCUUCGAACAACCCCCCAACACAGAGUCAGAGAAUGGCACCCCUGCCAGUACUCCUGGCCGGCGCGGUGCUUCUGUCAAGGGGGAAGAAAAGGUCGAUGGUCGGAGAGGCAGAAGAUCAAAAGCAUCCAAGGACAAAGAGCCGAAGCAACCCAAACCCAACCAGGCUCUGGCUGCUGCUCCUGCACCCGGGACAACUGGCAGAUCACGCUCAAGGUCAGAUAACAAGGGACACAGUAUGGAAUUCCAGACAGGAACUCCUACUGAGGGCCGUGGCCCCCCCCCUCAAUUUGAGCAGCAGCAUCCGGGAGUUCAGCAUGCUUUUUCUGUUCAGCAACCAAAGCAGGAGCCUCGACCCCAAACUAUGGAGCGCCAGCAGGCUCUGCCCACAGGUUCCUCGAUUACAGAUGUUAUCGCAGCUCCUUCUUUGCGCCCAGAACCCCCACAACCACCUCCACAGCCGGCCAUGGCUACAUUUAACCUGACACAGCCUCAGCAAGAGCGUAAGGCUCCGACACAAGCGUCAAGCUAUUGGAGUGUAUCCGAAUCCAACGACUUCCCACUUCUACUUAGAGCGUUCGGGUCUGAUUGGGCUGCUAUUGCUACCCAUAUGGGAUCCAAGACGGCAGUAAUGGUCAAGAACUAUUACGUCCGACAAAAGGAUCACGGGAAACCCGAAUGGGAGGAGCUCAUGCGUGAAGCAGACGCAAAACGAGACCGAGGCGAGAAGCGCCCCGAGCCGCCACUGCCAACCAGUGGCGGCCGCGGCCGACGGUACGAGAGCUCCGGAAGUACGAACACAUCUCGGCCACUUGUUCCUGCACCUGGCAAUGCGGAUUUGAUGCCGGAGUCAGCCCAACCCAAGACCGAAGCGGGUGUGCAGCCUAGCAGACCACCAACUUUUCCUUCAUUUGGAUACCCCAUCAACGGCACACCUCAGGAACAGGCCCAGGCUCGGGCCCAUGCCCAGGCCCAGGCUCAGGCUCAGAUCCAAGCUCAAGCCCAAGCUCAGGCUCAGGCUCAGGCACAAGCUGUGCCAGCAGGCGGUCAACAACCACUACAAAUACAGCAGCAACCAGCAGUUUCUCAGCCACCACCCUCGGUCAUGUCUCCUAGUGCUCGAUCUCUGAGAGCGCCCCCUCACCCAUUCUCGUUUCAUGAUCGAGACAGGGAGCAACCUCAACGUGUUGCAUUGCCAGGGGCAAAACAGCCUAUCCCUCCACAGGAUGUUCGAGAGCAACUUAGAGAGCAACGACAUGUCGCCCCCGCACAACACAUGCAGCCACCACAGCCUGAACUCGGCCCCGAGAGGCAGCAAAUGGAGCUGCAGCAACGAGAGCUGGAGCGCGAACGUGAACGGGAGCGUGAUAGGAUAGAGCGGGAAAGGGAGAGGGAGAGGGAAAUGGUUCGACAACAAGACCGCCGACCGAUGAGAAUCAAACCGGAAGCAGACCCCCUCUCCCCACGCCAAUACGAGGCCUUUGGCCAUCGUCCGCCAACGCUUCCUCCAAGAAAUGAUCCGCUGGCUCUGCCCCGUCAUACGCAACAGGUUUCCAGGCAUGAACCGCCCAGGCAUGAGCUGCCUAGACACGAGGCGCCUAGACACGAACCACCCAGGCACGAGCAACUCAGGCACGAACCACCUAGGCAUGGGAUUCCUUCAGCUUAUGCACCCUUGCAGGCUGCAUCACAGCCAGUGCGAAGCAUCUUAAGUGAUGCUCCUCCAGCUCAAUCCUCACCUCCACCACUGGCUCCUCCUGGUCCUAGGCCGCCUUCUUCGCUCCAGCAGAGAAUGCCAGCUGGUCCUGGCCAAGAUGUGUAUGGCUCAGCUCCACCACAGUCUGCACCGCCAACACCGGCUGCCGCACCUCCUCGACCUCCAGAGCCUCGCAAAGCAUCCAGUAUUAUGUCACUAUUGAACGAUGAUCCGCCGCCGCCCAAACGUAUGAACGAUGUUUCUGGCCAGUCUGCCAGGCCAUCGCCAACCCCUCCUCCCCAAACAUUGGGGCGACCUUCGCCAAGAGACGCCCCUCUACCGGCACCACUACGCCGAGAGGACCCUCCGUACUCUCCUUAUGGCAGGCCGCAACCUGGACCAGCAUCUGCUAUGCCGCCUCUCAAGCCUUCUUACGCGGCUUCACCUCAACCACAAGCCUCAGGUGGCCCCCGUUCUACGCUGGGCUUAGGCUCUGAGUCUCCAGCCUUGGGAGAUCGGGAUUACUAUCGACAGCACGCAUACCCAGCUGGCCAUCAGCCCAGCGCAAGCAACUCUCCUCAGCAUCAGCAUCGCUUCCAACCUUCAGGGCAGCCCCCAAUGGGAUAUCAGGGUCAAGGCUAUCCCACAUCGUAUGGGUCAGCACCACCACCACAUGCGUCUUCUCCACCCCCUCAGUAUGGUGUGCAUAACUCAACCUCGAGGGGAAGAGAGGUACCCCAAGGUGCCCGAGACUCAUGGCCACCAGCUAGUCAUCAGCCACAUGCAUCCAACUGGGCAACUCAAGGCCCAAAGAGCAGCCAACCACCUCCACCCCAACAAUCAUGGGCUCCUCAACAUCCUGGCUCCUCGGGUGUCAGUGGGCCGACAAGUUCUUGGGCUACAGCUCCCCCCCCUCAGCAGGCGCAUCAUUCUACCGGUUUGAGAGACGAACGCGGAUCGCCUAUGUACGGGCCCGGUGGGGUACCUCAACAACAACAUCAAAUGCAAGGCCGGUACGCUCCACCCUCUUCCUCCAGAGGACCAGACCCGGGCCCACCGCAAUCUCAGUCUUUUCCACGAUACGCAUCAACUCCCGGCCCCGGACCCGGACCUCCACCACCUCGAGAACUCCCCCCACGAAGCUAUACACCUUCUCCCUAUGAUGGUCGCGGACCCCCGCCCUCGCAAGGCCCUGGAGGAUACUCUGGGCCAGACCCGCGGGAUUUGCAACUCCGAGAUCCUCAGCACCGCGAUCCUCGAGAGCUGAGAGACCCUCGAGAGCUGAGAGACCCCCGAGACUUGAGAGACCCCCGAGACUUGAGAGACCCCCGAGAACUGAGAGACCCCCGAGAACUGAGAGACCCUCGGGAUGUGGCACAUGGUCUUCGACCCCACGAGUACGACCGGCGGAUGGAUCAGUAUGGAAGG